AUGGAAUCCUUGAGCGACACAAAAUGGGAUGUCGUGAUAUCCGGGACUGGACUGCAGCAUUCGCUGCUGGCCUUAGCCCUGUCCCGCUCUGACAAGAAGAUUCUUCACGUCGACCACAAUGAAUACUAUGGCGGUGCGGAGGCUGCUUUCAGCUUACAGGAGGUUGAUGAAUGGCAUCCAGAUUCCAGUACAGGAACAUUUCAAAAUGUCACACUGUGGAAAGACGAUGCAGACACCUCGAGCCAGUCGAACAAGUUAUCCUUCUCACGAGCAUACACUUUGACUCUCUCACCACAAAUCAUCUACACGAAGUCAAAGCUCCUUGGCCAACUUGUAUCAUCCAAGGUCUACCGCCAACUUGAGUUCCAGGCUGUCGGGAACUGGUGGAUAUACAAUGGAGAAGGGCCUCCACUGUUGAAGCGACUCCCCAAUGGGCGAGAAGACAUCUUUCGGGAUCAAGGGAUCGACAACAGAGCUAAACGGAGCUUGAUGAAAUUUUUGAAAUUCGUGGUGGAUUUCGAGAACCAGCCGGAGUUGUGGGAAGCCGACAGCGAAUGCAGCCUGCAAGACUUCCUGUCUUCUAGGUUCCAGCUCCCACCACAUCUUCAAAGCAUCAUCACAGCCUUGACUUUAUCACUGGAUACUCCUGGUCGAACCAUUGUCAAAUGGGCUCUUCCACGAAUUUCUCGUCACCUUACAUCUAUCGGUGUUUUCGGGCCAGGGUUUGGAGCUGUGAUACCUAAGUGGGGCGGCGGUGCAGAGAUAGCACAGGUCGCCUGCCGAGCAGGAGCUGUUGGAGGCGGUGUUUAUGUUCUUGGCACAGGUGUUACCAACGCCGUUGACGACAGGGAUAAAGAACGAUGGAGGAUUGAACUCUCGAAUGGGGAAACGGUGGGAACGAAACAUUAUAUUCCCCAUUCGGGUUCUGCCAACGGCUCCAAUUCCAGGAUGGUCUCGAAGACUAUCGCUGUCGUUUCGUCCACCCUGUCUUCUCUUUUCGUGAACUCCACUGAGGGAUCUCCUCUUGCUGCGGUCUCUGUCGUGGUAUUUCCAUCAGGAACUCUUCACCUUGAAGAAGCUACUCAGGACUGUCCAGUCUACGUCAUGGUGCACUCCAGUGAAACAGGAGAAUGCCCAGCAGGUCAAUGUGUUCUCUAUGCUACUACGCUGUAUUCAGCUACUAGUAAACCCAUCCUUGAUGCCGCUUUGUCCUCCCUCAUUAAGUCGACCGAGUGCAGCGAUGCCCGAUUACUUUAUACUCUCUAUUAUGAUCAACAAGAGGAUAUUAGUUCGCCCUGUGACCUCGCUUUUGAUGACCGCAUUUUGGAGAAUGUUGAGGAGCAGUGGAAGGAAGCCAUGGGCAGCGAAGGUGCAGACGGAUCUUCACUUUUCAUGCAAUUUGAGGAGAGGAGAGGCAUUAAUCCUGAUGAUGAUAAUGAUGAUGAUUACUGA